GUGAAGUGGGCUCAUAACAAGUUAAAGACGGAGCUGGACUCGCACAAGGAAACCAAAGACAAACUUCGGGAUACGACGGCCAGAUUAAACCAAGCCAAGGAAGAGGCCGAGCAGAUCCGCAGGAACUGCCAGGAAAUGAUAAAAACGUAUCAGGAGUCUGAAGAAAUUAAGUCCAAUGAACUGGAUGCAAAGCUGCGAGUCACCAAAGUAGAACUACAGAAGCAGAUGCAGGAAAAGACCGACCAUUUGGAGGUUCAUCAUGCUAAAAUGAAGGAACUGGACGACCUGAAGCGAACGUUCACAGAAGGCAUGGACGAGCUCCGCACGUUGCGAACAAAGGUAAAAUGCUUGGAAGCCGAGCGACUGAGGACGGAGGAAGAACUAUCCAAAUACAAAGAGUUGAUAAACCGGCAGAAGACGGAGAUUCAGAACCUGCAGGAGAAAGUGAAGGUGGUGGAUGAGCAGGAGCAGCGGCACCAGAGAGACCUGCAGGAAAUCCAGACCCUGCGGCACGAAGUGAGCGGCCUGAACUCUGUCAUCUCCGACCUGCACCGGGAUAUCGGGGGCAGCCGGACGCGGGAGUCUGAGCUGCUGGGAUUCACAGAGAAGCUGACCAGUAAGAACGCCCAGAUCCAGUCCGAGAACAACUCCCUGCAGGCUCAGCUGGACAAGCUGUCGUGUAGUGAGAGCGAGCUCCGCAGCCAACUGGAGUACGCCCGACACAGCAGCACCGAGCUGGAGCAGAGGUUGACGGCAGAGCAGACGCUGAGGAAGCAAGAGAUCCAGGCGCUGCAGACAGAGUUGGACAGUCAGCGGCAGAUCAUGGCCUCGCUGAAUACUCAGAUAGAAGAGCUGAACGACGAACUCUCCACCCAGAAGAGGAAGCACAACGUCAACCUUAAAGAUCUCACCAAGCAACUCCAGCAAGCUCGGAAGAAGGUGGAGCAGAUGGAAAACGGCAAUUACGAGAAAGACGUCAGCAGCAUGGGCAGCCGCUCCAGUUCUUCAGGAUCUCUCAACACCCGGAACAACGAGGACCGGUCUCCAGAGAACACCGGGGGUGGGACCACGCCGUCCGUGGACAGCUUCCCAGAAGUGGACAAAGCCGUCCUGAUCGAGAGGAUAGUCCGUCUUCAGAAGGCGCACGCCCGGAAAAACGAGAAAAUAGAGUUCAUGGAAGACCACAUAAAGCAACUGGUGGAAGAGAUUAGGAAAAAAACAAAAAUUAUCCAGAGCUAUGUGUUACGGGAGGAGUCGGGGACUCUGUCAUCAGAAGCGUCCGACUACAACAAGGCCAACCUGAGCCGGCGCGGGGGGAUCAUGGCGUCCCUGUACACCUCCCACCAAGCGGACAGCGGCCUAACCCUGGAGCUAUCCCUGGAGAUUAAUAAGAAGCUGCAGGCGGUCCUGGAAGACACCUUACUGAAGAAUAUAACCCUGAAGGAGAACCUGCAGACUCUGGGAACGGAGAUCGAGCGGCUGAUUAAACAGAAGAACGACGCAGAGCGCAGGAUGUAGCUGCCGCCCCCUGGACUCCUCAGCAGCACAUGUGACUCCUGAGCACAGGAAUGUGUCCACUUGUAAGAUAUCUCUGAAUCCUUAAUUUAUCAGAAGAAGCUUUUGCACUAGAUACAAGGAGGACGGGUGAGGAGAUCGCUCCGUGGCUCCGCCUCCUCAUCCACGCUUCCAUUCAGGUUAUGCAAACUUUUUUUUUUUUUCCGGACAAUCUCCUCAUCUUCUAGAACUACAAGUCCCAGGAAGCUGAGCACUUAACUUGCACUCCUUAUUAUUAUUGCCAUGUCCUUCCAUCUUGGCAGGUCCACAUGUAGCAGCAAAACCACAACAAAAAUCUUUAUUUGCCAAAAGAACAAAAUCCUCACCGGGAAACAAAUUAUUUUUUUUCAUCAGUGUCUGGGAAAGCUGGGUGCCAAGAUAUAGGGUCACUGGAACGGUUAACACUGGCCUGAUCACUUAUUUGGCUUUCCUAGAUUCCCCAGCAAAUAAAAGCUGUAUUAUUAAUCAGCAUUAAAAGCCUGAUUUGCCUUUCAGGGGUCUGGAAAAGCAUGGUGGCAACUGAUUUUUACAAAUUAUAAAAACACACUGAUUAUCACUUAGUUUUUCUUCACUCUGAAGUAGAAUGUGGUUAGAGCAGCCAUUGUAGUAUAAAAAAAAAAAAUACGAAAUACUUCCAUUCAGGAGUCUGAAAGAGCUGGGUGACAAUUUAAGUAGCUGCCAUGACAACAGCAGCCAGAGUUGUUGCACAACUUUUCCAGACUCCUAAAUAUCAAUAAGUUGUAGAGUAAAGAUGUGUCUAUUGGUUUGUGGAAAAGAUCUGACCCUUUCAGUGGUCAUGGAAAGCUGGGUGCCAACCACUAUUAAAGAUUUGACUUCAAGAGUCUGAGCCUUGUUACCUAGCUUUCUCAAACUCCUGAAUAGGCCUAGAUAGAUUUUUUUUCUAGGCAUAUUUACAAUAGCUGGGUAACAACCAUUAAUGCAGCUCUGAUCGUCCAUAUCAGUUGGCACCCAUCUUUCCAUAACUCCUGAAUGGCAGAUAUAUUUGGAAACUGAUUGUACACAUACUUUUCACUCUGCGAUUCAGGAGUCUAAGAAGGCUGUGCAGCAACCCCUGGCUGCUAUGACAGCCACUUUAAUUGUCACACAGCUUUCCCAGACUCCUGAAUGACAUUUUCUUAUACAUAUAAUACUUUUUUUUUAUUCAGGAGUCUGAAAAAGCUGGGUACCAACACAUAUAGGCCUUUUAAGCUGCGUUAGGGGAUGUUUUCCAGCUUUUGUAGUUUUAAGUAUGCCUAGAUCAAAUAUCAAUACAAGAGCAAAUGAUCUGUCAGUGAAUUACAAAGCAUAAUCACUUCUGCCAUUCAGGAAUCUGGGAGAGCUGGGUGUCUGAUACAUUCUUAAGCUGUUUAGAUUCACAUUGGGCUUUUAAAACCUGGCAGAAAAUCAUACUAUCAUCAUGAACUGUGCCAAAAAAACAUCUGUAUAAACCCGGUGUGGCCUGUGUCCCUCUGACAACACCUCCUGUCACCUCGGCUCAGACACCAGGCCCCUGCCAUUAGCUAUGAUUGAUGUCGCUUAUAGCCAAGCAGUUAAUGUGUUAAUUAUCGGGACAGAUGUAAACGGAUACGUGAGCUGCCGCCCGCACAGCCCCAGAUAUAACCGUAUUACCCGUCUGCGCCGGGAGACUCGCCGGCACCAACCACCGCCAUUGUGUGAACUUGCAGCCUGCGCAUAUUUGUAGUACUACAACUCCCAAAAUGUCCCAAAAAUUUUUUUUAUGAAUGACUGCGCUGUCAUGUUUUCUGCAGCAUAGCAGAUCUGUGCGGGCGGCGGUCGUAUCUGCUUUUCCGCGCUCGCUCAGCAUCUACGUUGCACUUUUGUGCUGUUAUCUGCCAGUCGCACGACCUGAGAAACAAUGAGUGUGCGAAACGCCAGAGCAGGAAUCGCCGUCACGUACACCCGCCCUUGGAGUAAAAUGGUCACCCAGCUUUCCACAGACCCUGAGUGGUUUAAAAAAAAAAUCUUAGUGUUUAUUUUUUUACAUUUUUUUUUAUUUAUCUUUGUAUUUCUUUCCCAUAGCUGGAACAGAUCUCCGUAACGAUGCAGGCUAUAUGCUGUUCAGGGUCUGUGAAAAGCUGUAGAGCAGUGAUCUCCGAACUGUUGACCUCCCAGAUGUAGCAAAACUACAACCCCCAGCAUGCCCGGACAGCCGAAGGCUGUCCGGGCAUGUUGGGAGUUGUAGUUGUGCAAAAGCUGGAGGCACCCUGGUUGGUAAACGCUGCUUUAUAGAUUGCUGACUCUUGCAGUAUGGUGCGGAUUAUAGUGUAUGUUCUGUGCAGUUGUUUGCUCCGUCUGUAGCGCGGCGAUCUCCAAACUGUGGACCUCCAGAUGUUGCGAAGCUGUCAAGGCAUGCUGGGACUUAAAUUUUUGCAGCAUCUUGAGGUCCAUAGCGCGAUCUAUGGUGCAAAACUACAACUCCCAGCAUGCCGGGACGGCCGUAGGCACCUGUAUACAUAGAGGUAACGCAGCGCUCGCAUGCACCUGCGGAUUGGAAAAACAUAGCUGCUUUCUUACAGAAACAGCGCCACCCACGUGUUCUCUGGUUAUGUGGGGUAUUGCAGCUCAUGACGUGAAUAGAGCAAAGUUGUAAUACUGCAUAUGACCUGAGGACAGGGGUGGCGCUGUUCUGGGAAGGAAGCAGCCAUGGUUUUCUAAUCCAGGACCCCCCCCAUAACUAACUCGUGGGGGCCACUUGGGGCCCCUGUGUAACCACAGCCUCCAGAGUCGUAUCCUGGCAUAAUCAUAGCUACAGAUGACCCGGCUGGCGGCCAUGUUUUUUUUUUCUUCUUCUUUUGCGCAGGUGUUUUCGGUUCUCAGACAAAGUGACAUUCACGCGGUUCAAAGCGCAUCUGGUUACGGUAUUCUCUGUAAAUAAUACCGGGGGUGAUAUUAUAGUAUUAUUUCUUUAUUUUUUUAUUUUUUAAAUCACUGAUGCGUGCAGGAGCGUUCGCCGGUUCACGCCACGUUCACGAGUUUUCAUUCACGGAACGUUCUAGCUUCAGCAGCAAGUUUGUAUUAUGAAAAGUAACACUUCUGAAUCAGUUUCUUUUGAUGUUUUUCAAGAUCUCUGCUUGCUGUGAUUCUAUAGGAAUCCUCAGAGUUUAGGUGCGUCGGUCACGUGAUAGGCCGCACAGGUGCAGGACGUAUCUUUGGUAGCUGGACUGUAACGACUGGGCUACGAAGGUUUCUAUUGGGUGACAGCAAGCAGAGGUCUGGCCAGAGAUAUAAACAAUGAAACAAAUAUAAAGGAUUCCCCUAACAGCUGCACAGAGCAUAUACUAUAAUCCGCACCAUACUGCAAAAGUCGGAAAUUGUAAAGCAGUGUUUCCCGAUCAUUGCGUCUCCAGCUGUUGCAAAACUACAACUCCCAGCAUGCCCGGACAGCCUUUGGCUGUCCGGGCAUGCUGGGAGUUGUAGUUUUGCAACAGCUGGAGGCACACUGGUUGGGAACCACUGUCCUAGCGUAACGUUAUACAACCUGUGGCUGUGCAGCUGGUGCGGAACUACAAUUCCCAUCAUGCCCCGCCAUACUGGGAGUUAUACUGUUGCUCCAGCUUGGUGACAACAGCGGCAUAAUUAAGCGGCCUUAUCGGUUGUCACCCAGCUUUCCCAGACACCUGAGAAAAUAACCCUAUUCCUGCGAACCGUCAGCGCCCAUCAUGCCUUGCCAGCCUGGGAGUUGUAGUUCCACAACUGUAGUAAGUGCGUGCCUCCCAAAAACAAAUCACCAGACCUCGAUUUCCUCCAAAAAUGUCAGAUCUGAGCUCUCAAUGCCAGACGGCUCCUCAGCUUCACAUAAAUCAGCGGCCGCCGAGUGCCAAAAAAAGAGAGCGCACGGAAAAAACAUUCACUCGCGUGAUUCCCCCGUUUGAUUUACUGUCACGUUUUUAUCUCCUGAAAUCAAAUAAAUCUUUUUAUAAUUUUUUUUAUCUUGUUUUUGUUCAUUUUUAUGUUUUUUCUUUAUUUUUAUAUUUUUAUUUUUUUUGUCAAUCUUUUUAACAAAAUUAUAUAUAAAAUAGUAAAUUGAAUCUGUAGUUUUUGUUUUUUAGUUUCCCCAGAAUGCUGCGGGUUCUUUGUGUAAAUUAAUUUACCCUUCGCAGGGAGGGGGCAGAGGGGACGCACCACAUUCUUUGGGAGGCUUAAAGAGUGUUAUAGGAG